AUGAUUUCCACAAGGGUGAUGGACAUUAAGUUCCGAGAGGCUGCAGAAGGAAUGGGGGAGGACACCACAGGAAAGAAAAAAUCCAAAUUCAAAACUUUUAAGAAGUUCUUUGGGAAGAAGAAGAGAAAGGAAUCACCCUCAACCACAGGAAGUAGCACCUGGAAACAAAGUCAGGCGAAGAGUGAGGUCAUUGCCCUUGAGUCAGGGCCAGUGGGCUAUGACUCAGAGGAUGAACUUGAGGAGUCAAGGGGCGCACUGGGCAGCCGGGCCCUCUCACACGACAGUAUUUUCAUUCCCGAGUCAGGACAGGAUCCUACUCGACCUGUGCGAGUGUUUUCCCAAGAAAAUGUGUGUGAUCGGAUCAAAGCUCUUCAGUUGAAAAUACAGUGUAAUGUGAAAAUGGGGCCACCACCUCCCCCUGGAGGACUUCCUGUCAAGCGUGGAGAUGAUGCUGGCAUGAGCUCUGAGGAUGAUGGGCUACCUAGCAGCCCACCAGAGAUGUCCCUGCUACACGAUGUUGUCACUAGCACAACCAUAAAGGUCUCUUUAGUUUCUUCAUCCCGGGCACUGUCUCCAGACCAUACAAGCGACGCCUCAGUAUCCCCUCGGACCUCAGACAGCAGCAUCGCUCCUAUGGCUGAUUUCAAUUACCCCCCAGAAUUCUCCUCCUGCCUGGACAACUCUGCAGCCAAACACAAGCUCCUGGUUAAACCUCGCAACCAGCGGUCAAGUAAAAUGAGGCGGCUGUCUUCGCGAGCACAGUCAGAAUCCCUGAGCGAUCUGACAUGCACCCCAGAGGAGGAAGAAUAUGAUGAGAAACCAUUGCCCAAAGUUAGCACAGAAGAGAACACCAGUUCUGGGCAGCAGGAUUUGGGUCCAGACAGGGGCCCUGAGCCAGGGGAGUCAGCCACCAUGCUGCAACCCUGGGGGCCCCAUGCAAGACGGGCACGCCUGCAGCACAGCCCUGCACUCAGUGCCAGCAUGGAAGAGGGCACCUCACCUGGGGAUGACCCCUCAAGCUGCCCAACCACCCCAGAGGUCACUGAGCCUGAGUCAGGCCCAGCCCUCUGCUUGGAGUCCCUGUCUCCACCAGAAGGCUCUCCACACCCUGCUCCUGACAGUGAAAGCCAGAGGGAGGAGCUUUCCAUCACAGGCAUAUGUUCUCCGGUUGUGGUCACAGUUGAUAAGGUGAUUUGUGCUUCUGGUGACAACGAAAGUCAUUUAUCUGUCUGCAUCCCUGAGGAGGACACGGUACCUCCUGAGACUGUCACCGCCACCACCUUGGAGACAUCGUCCAAUCCAGAUGGACCAGAUCAGAGUGUCCAGAAAGAAGUGGAACUAACCCUGGAUGUGCCCAAUCCUGAGGGAGUAGGGAAAGAAUCUUCUGCAGUUCCUGUCCCAAGCCCACAGCGCCCCAAGAGUUGCUUGAAGCACAAGGCUUUGUCAAUGAGCAUGAGCCACAGCAUAUCCCUGACACCUUCUGCCUCUGAGUCACCUCUGGGGGAGCUCACUCCCUGUUCCCUGGACAAAGAGCCUUCUCCCUCUGAGCUCUCCAAUGCUGCCCAUGCAGAAUCAACACAAGAGGGAACUGUAAAGGCAACUCCGGAGUGGAAAAUAGAGAGAGGAGGCAGUGAGCUGGCGAGUGUGAAGAAGUUCUCUGUGUCCUCAUGCAGGGCCCGACCACGCACAAGCAGCGUCCGCCUGCUGGAACAGCCUGGCCCUGGGGGUCCCUCUAAUGUCCAGCUGCCCCUUCUGAAGAGUAGCCUGGCCUGGAGGAGUGAGGCAGCACUCGAUGACUUCCAGGUGCUUCCUGAGCCACAGAACAUGCAACUGGACCCUCAAAAGCCAAAGACCCCAGUAGACUGUGAAUCUCAGGACUCUGGGGACCGAGUUGCCAAUCAGGCUGUAAGCGCUCAAGAUGCAGCCACCCUGCCAGCCACGAGAGACCCCUGCCCAGCCACUCAGGAGCUUCCCACCUGUGAGGACAGAAAUCCCUUUCCCAUUAAGCUCCGGUCCACCUCUCUCUCUUUCAAAUACAGAGAUGGUUCUUCAGAACUAAAAGGAGUAAAAAGACACAGUGCUGAGGUCAGGUUAGAAAAAGGAGCACUGACUUUGCUCCCCAAAGAGGAAAAAUGUCAAAUUGGGAUGGCCGCCAGUGCUCGAGGGGCCCGAUCCCUGAACGACCAAGGGAAAGUAAAGGCCCGGUCAUCGGAGCAGCUUAACUCCAAACCGCCCCUGCCCAGAAAGCCUCUUCUGCAGACCCUAACCCUCCCACAUCCUCCCACACCCUCUCAGGUGAGCCCAGGAGAGCUGGAGAAAAUCAUAACACCCCAGGACUCUAAGAAGGAGAGUAAGAUGGUGGAGAAAAAGUCACCACACAGAGCAGCCGAAAAGUCUCUGUCUCCUGCAACGGUGAGGUUGGGAGCCGAUGGCCAGCCCAUGCCGCCCUGGAUCACCAUUGCUCGGCAAAAGCGCCAAGGGGCCCCAGACCAGCCACCCAACCAGGAAGACAGGCCUGGGGUACGGAACCUGAAGUCUGAAAUGGGAAAGCAGGCCAAGGCCCCGGAGAGAGCCCAGGAGUCCACAAAACAAGCCGACUUUGUUCGUAGUAAAUCUUUCCUAAUAGCACCUGUGAAGCCCUUUGUGGAACGGAAACACGGUACAAAACUCAACCUCAAAGAGGGACUGCAAAGAGGAAUCUCAUUGUCCCAUCAGAACUUGGCUCAGUCUGCAGUGAUGACGGAGAAGGAGUUGAAUCAGCUGAAGAGAGCCAGUUAUGCCAGUGCGGAUCAGCCAUCCUGGAUGGAACUUGCCAGAAAGAAAUCACAAGCCUGGAGCGACAUGCCCCAAAUUAUAAAAUAG